GAUACAAGUCGCAAAGUAGACAUGAAUAGACUUGUAAUUUCCAUGACCCAUGAGCUUGAUUAUUACUGGUCACUGGGUGAAGUCCCUGACAAUGGGCAGAAGCCAUGUGUCAUCUACAAAGUUCAGGAGCACAUUCGCAUGGUUGACAAGUUCUCUUACGAACCCUGCGUGCUAUCAAUUGGCCUUUAUCAUCAUGGAGCUCUAGCCCUACAAACCAUGCAGAAAGAGAAGUGGAGUUAUCUAGAUUAUGUUCUCAAUAUAAACUGUGAGAAAAGCUUGCUGGAUUACCUACUUGCACUCGAAGACCUAGCAAAGGCAGCAAGGAGCUGCUACUCUGAUGACAUAAAAAUGGACGACGAAGAGUUCUUGCAAAUGCUGUUACUUGACGGGUGCUUUGUCUUAGUGGCACUUGGUGGAACCAAAGGAGUUUUAGCAUGCGGAAGACAAGUACAGAUGGACAGUUUAAGUUCUGAAGAGGCCGUGGCGGAAACUGGAGGACAGAAGAGAUCCCAUCCUGAUGAUGUUAAGGAGGCGAACGAGAUAAAGAACCAAACUUCGAGUCAAGAUGACAAAGAGGGUGUUCAACGAACUAAAUACGAUGAAGAAAUUGGACAAUGGUUCUUCAGAUUUUUAAUCCAUGAUUUAUUCUUGCUGGAGAACCAAAUACCUUUUUUUAUUGUGGAGAAGAUAUUCAAGGUUGUUGCUGGUGACGUCUGUAUGGAUCCACCAUUUACUCAUGAUAUAGCAAACUAUGUGGAAUGUGCUUUACGUUGGUUUCCAAAAUCAAUUCAAGAGUACGAUAGGCCCAAAGACUUCCAUCAUUUGCUUCACUUGUGCCACAUGUAUUUUAGGCCAAGCCAUAAUGCCGAAGUGAACUGCCAAACAGGGCAACAGUAUUUUCUAAGGUUUCUAAGCUUUGGACGUAAAUAUUUCAGACUUGGGCACUAUCUCGACGAGACGGAGAACAGUUCGUCAUUCAACCUUGAAAUGCUGCCCUCACAAGAUGGCCACCAACUAAAUCGCUGGCGCCGAACCGCGCAGUACCUAGAAGCUGGAGCUAAAUUUAUGAAACGGAAGAAUGAAAAAUCGCAACCUCAUUCACUAUUAGACAUUAAGUUUAGCAAUGGGACAAUGGAAAUUCCAUGCAUUGUUGUAGAUGAGUACACAGGAACUCUUUUCAGGAACCUUAUUGCGUUUGAGCAAACGUGUCCUCAGUUUGGAGACGACUUUACAUCAUAUAUUGUUUUCUUAUCUCAGCUUAUAAGUAUGCCUGAAGAUGUCACGCUUCUUGCUCGGAGACAGAUCAUUGUGCAUCACCUUGAAAGCGAUGAAAUGGUAUCAGAUUUGUUCACCAUGCUCAGUAAGGAUGUGGUCUUUGAUUUUAAUGGUCAAUAUUAUCUGAAAUCUUUAUGCCAGACGAUGGAGACGUACUAUCAAAGUCGUCUUAAUAGAUGGAUUGCAUGGCUUUGGCUGAAUCACUUCAGAAAUCCAUGGUUGGUUUUAGCUGCAUUUGCCACGGCUAUUGUUCUUCUCUGUACGAUAGUACAGACUGUUUAUGGAAUAUUGGCAUAUGUUAACCCACCAGGUUCCAACCCGUGAAGUAUCAGGUUAACACGAAUCAGACAUAUAUCUCUGACCACCAGUUUAUCUAACUGUCAAAUUAACUUUUUAUCCCGGUGAUAUUUUGUUCGGAUGUAGCUUUACAAUACUGUCAUUACCUUUGCAUACAUUUUUUGAUGAUGCCCCAACCCCAUCAAUCUUCUGAAACUCUUCACUAAUUGGCAGAAGGUCGCAUUCAGAACAAAUAGCAUUCGUAUAUAAAGCUACAGGUUGUAUGAACAGUAGACCUAUAUUUGUGAAGAAUUUCAUUUUCAGUCAAAUGC